AGCCCAACGCCCAGUUCUGGAAAUUAUUUCAUGGGCUGGGGAAUUGCAUUUGAGUUUCUUCUCAGGGCAACUUGUCAAGGAUAAGGGACAGACUCGGACACUGGGCACUGGAGUGUCUCCCUCUGCGCUGUAGAAGAUCUCAGAAUGGACUCUUAUCUGAUCCAAGUGAACGGCAAUAGCGAUGUCCAUGUCCAUAGAAAUGGGAACAGCCUCUCCCUGGGGAAGGUGAAAAGCCGGAAGCCUAGAUGGGCAGUCCGGGCCUCUGAGAUGUCCAAGAAGACUUUCAAUCCCAUCCGAGCCAUCGUGGACACUAUGAAAGUGGAACCCAACCCAAACAAGCCCAUGAUCUCCUUGUCCCUAGGUGACCCAACAGUAUUUGGAAACCUCCCCACUGAUGAUGAGGUCAUCCAGGCUGUGAAGGAGGCCCUGGAUUCAGGGAACUACAAUGGAUAUGCUCCUUCAGUCGGGUACCAGUCUUGCCGGCAAGUGGUUGCUGCGUAUUAUAGCUGCCCCGAAGCACCUCUGGAAGCUCAGGACGUUAUCUUGACGAGUGGCUGCAGCCAGGCUAUCGAACUUGCAUUAGCCGUGCUGGCUAAUCCAGGGCAGAACAUCCUGGUGCCAAGACCUGGCUUCUCUCUCUACAAGACCCUUGCACUCUCCAUGGGGAUUGAGGUCAAAUUCUACAACCUCUUGCCUGAGAAAUCCUGGGAAAUUGACUUGAAGCACUUGGAGUCGCUGGUGGAUGCGAAGACGGCCUGUCUCAUUGUGAACAACCCAUCUAACCCCUGCGGCUCCGUAUUCAGCAAGAGCCAUCUCCAGAAAAUCCUGGCCGUGGCCUCGAGACAGUGUGUCCCCAUCCUAGCUGAUGAAAUCUAUGGAGACAUGGUGUUUGCAGAGUGCAAGUAUGAGCCCAUAGCAACUCUCAGCACCAACGUGCCGAUCCUGUCCUGCGGAGGCCUGGCCAAGCGUUGGCUGGUCCCAGGCUGGAGGAUGGGAUGGAUCCUGGUUAAUGAUCGGAGAGACAUCUUUGGGAAUGAGAUCAGGGAUGGCCUUGUAAGCUUGAGUCAAAGGAUCCUGGGACCCUGCACAAUUGUCCAGGGGGCACUGGAACACAUCAUCCACCGAACACCCCCAGAGUUUUACCACAACACCCUCAGCUUCCUCAAGUCCAAUGCUGACCUUUGCUACGCUGCCCUGUCUGCCGUCUCUGGACUCCAGCCUGUCCGGCCCUCGGGGGCCAUGUACCUCAUGGUUGGAAUUGAAAUGGAGCAUUUCCCCAAGUUUGAGAAUGACGUGGAGUUCACCAAGCAGCUGAUCUCAGAGCAGUCAGUCUUCUGCCUGCCGGCCUCGUGCUUUGAGUACCCCAAUUUCUUCCGGGUGGUGCUAACGGUGCCCGAGGAGAUGAUGGUGGAGGCCUGCAGUCGCAUCCAGGAGUUCUGUGAGAGGCACUACCAGGGCAACGAGGGGGCCCAGGACCUGGAAUGUGACAAGUAGACAGGAGUGCCCUCCACUCUGCCUCCGCCCAGCCACCCCAUAAAUGAUGCAGCAGUGGGCAGGGCAGGGCUGCCCUCAGGUCAGCACCUAUAUCCAAUGCAACUGGAGCAGGCCACCACCCUGCAGAGCUUCUGCAUGUUCCCUGGGCUCCUGGGAACCAGCAGCCAUCAUUCGAUCCUGCUCACAAACCCUCAGGCACCCACUGUCCCACUACCCGCCAGGAGCCCAUGCUCUGGUCUGUGUCAGUGAACCGCAGCACCCUUCAUACAGGGUCUACAGCUUCCACUCAGGCAGGCAGUCGUAGCAUGCAGGAGCCGUCACUCAGCUGCUCGGUUUGAGGGUCUCUGUUGUUGCAGGGCAGUAGCUGGGAGACCCCAGGCUGAAUGCAAGAUGACAACUUCUAAUUCCCUUCACUAGCAGUUACAUUGGAUGCUGAGCUGGACUCUUCCACUGACAAGCCAUGCAUGGAAAGAGGGCUGUGUCCGAGCAGAGUUCUCAGCCUCUUUCUGGCUGGAGCAGGACUGGACAGUCUGGUGUACAUGUGGCAUGAUGGACCCUUAUCUGUCUACACCACAGAAUGUCACUGACUGUACCUGAUGUCUCCCCUUUACGUUGUCUAAGGAGCAGGAGCUCUGUGUAUUCAGCCCUUGGUGUUGCAAAGGGCAUAAAUUAUUGUAACUUUUUUAUUAAUAAAUGUUCGGAUAUGCCUGGC